AAUGAAAAGUGCCCGCAGCCUUAGGUAACUCUGUUUUACAUUCUCAACCAAACGGGGUAUUACUAAUGCUCAGCCUAUAACUGGUGAUCUUCCAGUGAGCAAAGCGGUCAUCUAAAUUAAUUUAUCGUAGCCCUCCUAAUUGAACAGAAAGAAAUUCUAAAAUGUCAGUAGCAGCCAGAAGAAAGUUGAUGCAGAGGUUCAUUUUUUUAUUUAAUGUUCAGCAAUGCUAGAGCGUUAAUCCAUCAUGUAGAUGUUAAUUAAAUGAGGUAACGUUUAUGAGCCAGUAUUUUUCACUGUUGGAGAGUAAGAUAGCUGUACGCUAGCUGCCUAUUCCAAAAGUAAAAUUUUCCCCGUAACUUUGGUAAAAAGCUAUCCUAAAACGGGUAAGUUAGUUUUGAAGCUGGGAAAAAUGUUGCAUUUGUUCCUCCUCUCUUGUGUUAGGGUACAAGCUUUCCUAACAGCUAUCUUUCAAGUCGUAAUCGAGUUCCAUUUUCAUAAUUUGCAGGGAAUGAGUCAAGGCAGAGGUCCUUCAAGCAGAGCAGUAAGCCAGAGAGCAGGGGCUCAAAUAGAAGGUAGACCUGUAGGUGGUGGGAUGGAUCUCAGUCAUGGUUCUGGAAGAGCAUACAGGACCAGCCAGGGGAAAAGGAAACUAAAAGCAGUAAUGCAUUUAAGUCGCGUAGCAGUCAGCGCUCACAAGCCAGUACGAAGAGCUGAGUCUGCUCGUUCUCCGUGGAAGAAAGCAAAGAUAUUCCCCAUGAUCCUGCAGAAAGUAAAAGGCAGUAGGAAAGAUUCCAGUUACGCCAAGCUCCUGUCUGCUCGCCAAGUGGACGGUGACGAAAGCGUGAUUAUCAAGGGAAAUUACUUCCAGAAAUCAACCGAUGGCAGACCUUCCAUGAGAAAACUAAACCACGUGUUAAAACGCAUUAGUGUCUCCAGAAAAAUUCAGGGGCCUACUAGCAAAGAAUCGGUCCAUGCAAGAGGAAAAGGAGAGGAAGAAUACGGAGGAGAGGAAACAAAAUCAGGUGUUUCAAUAAACAUCACAGCAGAAAGCGAACACGAGGAGAGUGAUGAUGAGAGGAAGAAAAAGACGAGAAGAAAAUACACCUAAGAUGAUGUAGAAGAUAAAGACUAUUUGAAAGUAACACUGGACCAAGAUGAAGCCACCGAAAGUACCGUGGACUCUGAUGAAGAAGAUGGGCACGAUUUUGGUGAUUCUGAAGAUGCCGACUCGGGAUCCAGCUCUAGUAGUGACUCUGAGGAGGGCUCAUCUGAGGAGGAAGACGACGAGGAAGACUCUGAAAGCGAUGAAGACGAUAGCCAAUCAAAUUGCUCCUCCGUGCAAGGUUCGUUCAGCAGAUCAGGGCCUAGCGAGUCCAGCAGCAGCAGAAGUACUGAAAGGUCAAGUGUCAGAAGUGCAGGGUCUCGUGGAGGAGCAAGGCGCUCCAGCCAGAAGUCAGCAGUUAGUUCCCAUGCAUCCGGGAGUGAGAGGGACACCAGGUACAGGAAAGUGUCAAGAUCCAGCUAUACGAGCAAAACAUCCUCAGCCAGUCUUGAAAUAGAAGACACGAUAGAAGAGGUGUCAGAAGAAGAUGAAGAAACAGACGUGGAGCGGGUCAGGGCAAUCUCCGAUGAGACGGCGGAGAACGUAGCUGGUAAGACUGUUCCUGAAAGGUCUUCUGCCAAUGCAAAAACUGCUACUGCUAAAGAAAACGAGAAAGGAAAAUCGGGUGUUAAUAGUGAAGAUAGCGUGGAUGAAAGCACAGAAGAGGUUGCUACAGAUGCCAGUGACGGGGAGGAGACGAUCAGCAAGAACGAAUCUAGUUGCCUAGACAGCGAAAUCAGCGUUGCUUCCAAAGGUACCGAAGGGACAAAAAGCACAACUAGUGCUACUUCUGGUAAAACCGAUGCUUCCUGUGAUACUGAGAAUCAAAGUUCUGACACCAACGUGAAAAGAAGGAAAAUGAGAAAAAAGACGUCCCUGGAAAACAGUGAGUCUCGGUCAGAGGAGACCCCGGAUACUGGUGCUACAGAGUCGGAGACCACCGGUGAUUCUACAGCCUUUUAGAAAAGGAAGAAGGGCAGGUGGACGUUUUGCAGUAAGGAGUGAUCUUGUUUGCUGUGCCUUCUGUGUGGUCUUUCCUAAGUAGUACACGCUUGACUAGAGAUGGCCAAAGGGAAAACGUCAGAACCUGUCACGUCAGCCUUUAAAACCUUAAGUGCUAUCUUAAGAAGUAUUACAGAAAACCAAGUAAAUAUAGAAGUCCUACUCAGAGACGACUCAGGUAUACUUAAUGGUGGAUGUAGAAGGAGUAAUUUUCAUCCAGCAGGGGCAGGAAGGAGUUCCUGUUUUUCUCUGUUAAUUUAAUGUUACAGUUUAAAAAGGCAAGGUGUUAAUUCUCUAGGUUUAAUCCUUUUUGCAUUAUGGAAGUCAUGAUGUGAAGUAAGGUGGCCUUUCGCAUUAACAGUGGUGGGUGGACAGCUCGAUGAACUUGAGGGUACCAACCCAUUGCGGGCUCAUUCAGGUUAACGGGUCUGUUACAGAAUGGCGCGUUACAGAAAGGAAAAGGGCAAAGCAUGGAAUUCAGUGAAGAACGAGGAUGAAAAGACUUAGAGGUCAUAUGCCGUUGCACUGCAUGCGCCCCUACCAUACAGAAUUUGCUCAUCCUCAAAGGAGUUCUCCAAUGUAAACGUUAGCCCUAUUUACAGGGAGUGAAAUUGAAGCAACGUUAAAGCAACAUGCCUGAAACUGCAGGGUGUUACUAGCAGAGCUGGGAUUAAACUUUCCGGAUCGUGGGAUGCAGGCUUCCCAGAGCAGCGGUGAACAAGGCAGAAAUGCAGAGGGAGGUGUGCAAAAUGAGCAAGCUCAGAAAAGAAAAACAGGUUACAGUUUCCGACUUUGGCCCUUCCUGCCCGCAUGUAUGUUAGUGGCGUUUUAAAGUUUUAGGUGCGUAACUGCAACGAAUUGCUGAAGGAAACAGUCACCCGUGUGCUGUAUUUCGGUGAUUUGCCUUUUCAAAUUCAAUAACCUGGAAUAGCUGGGGGUCAGUCAAUGGAGGAAUAUUACAGCAUUUUCAUUAGCACAGUUCUGCUCAAAAGUAGUGUGGCAGUUUAGGAAGGAUUUCUGUUGUUUAUGACUCGAGCGGCCUUUGCGUUUCCAUGUAUGAAACAACUUCUGCAUGAGGUACAGCCUCACAGAGCUCUUAGCCAUGCUGUCAGCACACGCAGUAUUGUAUUUGUAUGUACACAAGCUACCUGCGCUUUAUUUAUCUUGUAACAAAAGCCACAGAGCUGUUUCUCAGACACUAGAUUUUUUUCCGGAUAAGUAAUAAAAAGCCUAAAUAAAAUGAAAGUUUUGAUGAGCCGGUAAUGGAUUGUUCCUGCAACUGAGUGCUCCAAAGGCGAUACAGAUUCUGGUAUUUCCACCAAGGCUCUGCCAGGCGGUCUCUGUUAGAGGGGAAAGAGAAGGAAGUUUGAAUUGUUAUUACACUGACGUUUGUUGCGCUUGUAUCAAAGCUAUAAAGUUUUCCUUGAGCCGUCCUCCAGUGUGCCAUGACCCAGCGGUGCCUGGAAAUGCCAUUUAGGGAGUAGAAGGUGCAGCAGUAUGUGUAGCACUGCGGCAUUUUUGCAAGCUGCCGCCUUCUUACGUUCCUGAAGGGGU